CGAAGCGGCACGAAACGACUACGUAUUGAAUCGCAGGACCUCAGCCACUUCGGCUCGGUCAAUGGGUCGGGAACACGUCUUGUCGUCUCUGUGGGUGCUGGUCAUCGUCCUGGUCAGCCAUGGCUGCCACAGUGCACGGCCAUUUACGCAGUGGACCGAGCAUGUGUACGGCAAAGUCGCGGGCGACGGGGUCGAGUACGCGUCAUUCCAGGUGGAAAGGGGCGUGACCGACGUGCAAGUCACGUUCUCCCGGAGCGACUUGCGCGGUCGCACGGUGGCCCCGAUGCUGUACGGCAAACUCGGCGCGAUCCCAACAUUAACUUCGUACGACUGGAACUUCAACGGGACGCUCGACUCCUUCUGGCUCACCGAGAGCAUCCCGAACUUGAAGGCUGGGACGUACUACAUAGCGCUUUGGGGGGGCGAUUUACCAGGCACGAUCAAUAACUUUGGUGUCGGCAACAGCACGAACGUAUGGUAUUACUUGGACAUCACGUCGAUUGGGUGCAUCGACCCCGACAAAACUGGGUACAAUUGCAACUUGCAAGUGGUGUCGAUGGCAAAGCAAGCUGCACUUGCCCAGCCUCAACAGAGCAUCGUCAACGCGACGGGCAAGCAUGGAGUCCCCGUGUCGGGGUGCAUGGACUACACGUCGAACUUGCAGUUCUUUUCCAUUGACUUGACGAGCCCCCAACUCAGUCUUGUCGCGAAGUUGACCAUUCCUCAAACGUUUGUGCGAAACGAUGUGUUUUACUGGGCGCUGUACGACAACCCUGGCAACCCCCUCGACCCAACGACGAUUCCUCUUCUUGAAGGCAUGGGGUACUUGAGUGACGGCAAUGCCACGCUGCAAUACGAUGUACCGACAAUCGGAACGUACUGGGUACUAGUGUACAUGGACGCACCGCCAAAGUUGUCACGUUGCUACCGGUCCACCGGGGUGGCCUUCACGCUGACGUGGUCUGCCGAAUCGUGUUCGACGACGCCAGCCAUCGACAUGUGCCACACGACUUGGCAACGCUUGAACGAAGCUCGCAGCGACCCAAGUCGAAACCAAAGCGUGCUGGACUCGUGGUUUCUCGCGGAUUCACCAACGGUCACAGACGUCGGGGCGUUUCCAUCGGCCGCGGGCUACACGGUGAACAUCCGCGACAACUAUGCCGGGUCAAACUUGAUCUUGCACCUGGUCACAAAGACUACGACCGUCGACAUGCUCAACGUGACGAUCUUGAUCCGGGCAGAUGGGCUGCCGACUGAGUCUAUUUAUGACUACAAAUUGCUCGGUCGCGAUGCGGCAGCGCUGCCAGCCAACAAGGCCAAGACGUUUCUCGUCUUCAAUGAGAAUAUGCUACAACAAAGAAUGCAGACGAAAACGUUGUACACGGUGGCGUGGCCGAUGCUCCGGUUUCCGGCCGUUGGCAAAUGGAACAUUGUGGUCCAAACAUCGCAACCGCAACCGUGGAUGCACAUGCUCGUGCUGCAAAGCUCCCCGUGCCCAGUCGGCAUGUGCGGCGAGUUCGGCACGUGCAAAGUCUCGACAACGUAUCAAGGUCUCGUCAUCGGGCGAUGCCAGUGCAUCUAUGGGUACGCCGGCGACUACUGCGACCACUUGUACUUGGAAAACUACGAGUCGCGGUCGUACUUUUUGAUCUUAUCCAACUUUGCCAUCCUCCCCGCGGCGAUCGUGUCGUUUCAGCGGUCGUUGUAUGUCGAAGCAUUCUUGUUCAUGUCGUUGGGCGUGAUCUCGAGUGUGUACCACGCAUGCGAUAUCAAUUGGGUGUGCCUCGUGCAGUACUCGUACCUACAGAAAAUGGACUUCAUCUUUUCGUUCAAUUCGAUCCUGCUGUGCUUGUUUCACCUUGCAGGCGUUCGACCCAAGCGAAAAGCUAUCAUGCAAUUCGUGGGACUCACUCUCCUCGUCAUCUUGAUCGCGAUCGAUCCAACCACCAUGACCAACUGGCUCAUCAUUGGCGGCCUCGGUGGCGGCCAACUUGUGAUUGCAUGGACGACAUAUAUUGUCUUGGCUCGAGUGGUCAUGGGUCGAAGUACGAAAGUCCGAAGAAUUCUGUACUCGUUCCUCUUCCUCAGUGGCAACUUCCAUGUCCCUCUCUUGGUCCUUGGGGUGUUGCUAUGGUCGUCAGGGCUCAUUUGCUGGUUCCUCAAUCGAGGGCCGUCGUACUGGCUGGAACACUCGCUGUGGCACAUCUUCGCCAUGUCGGCAGCUGGCACACUGAUGGCUUGCCGAAAGAGUCAAUGGUAUAAAAUCCUCGAUGACCAUGGCGUUGACGCCCUGCCACGCGUCCAUUCGCCAAUAUCAAAACGCCCCUUCUUUGGCACGAACGAGAACCUCAAUGCCUCUGGAAGCUGCAUGGUGGCAGUCACGGUGACACCCGCAUGUGCGACGCCAACGCAGAGCCGCGAACUCACCCUUGACCUCGGCGAGAUUCAACAAGACGCCAGUCGCUAGUUGGCUAGUUGUUGGUCGGAGCGCCACGUCACGCAAAUACGCAAAUGGAGGCACAACUUGAUGGGUUGGCAUGGACAUUUACUAGUAGUAAUACAGAAAAUGUCCCCAG